UUAUAGUUUAGCACUAUAAAUAGGAAGGACUGUGUGUAGGAAAGAGUAGAGCUUAAAAGCAAAUUAUUCUUUUAGUAAGAUUAGUGUACAAGUAUACGCGGUAAUUACAAAUUUAUAAGCAGAUGGAGAGUAUCUCAGUUAAAAUCUUAGCUCCUGCUGUUUUAGCGAUAUUGUUCUUGCUGACUAUCACAACAGCUCCAGUACUGGGAAGGAUGCCAACUAAAACUUCUGCAGAAAUGUUAGUAGAAUACAGAGUUACAGUAGUAGAAGAAGUGGCAAAAAUCGAACCCUAUGUAGAUCAAACUGGAAACCAAGAAACAAAGAUGAUUAUGCAGCAACCAAAAAUUGAUGUUUUGGAGGUCCAAAGUGAUAAACAAGUCGCAACAACUACAGCGGAAGUAUUGGAAUGCCAAGGAGACAGCGAUUAUUGUAACCUGCUCCCAUUUAUUGGGAAAAAAUGUUGCUCUGGAUCAUUUUGUUUUCCAUUGGCAGGUGUUGCUGGUGGUGUAUGCAUGAAAAUAGUACCAAUUACAGUUACUUGAUUUAUUUCUUGGCAGG